AACCCUAGUCAUGUGACCGAGAUUUAGGGAAAAGAAAGAAAACAGGAAGUUGUGUAGAGUUGCAAAACGCAGAGCGACAGUGUGUCGUAUUUGGAGUGUAUAAGAUAUGGAAUUGUUAACGAGAUUAACAUUUGUAUCAGCAUGCUUAUUUGCAGAGUGGGCUGUUACUUUCAUUGCCGUUGCUAACUGCUCUAGUUCCCCCUCAGAAAUGAAUGGCGACAGUGCACUAAAGCUGCCAUCAGCAGACAUCCCUGUAGCACAGAAGAGCACUCUGGGAUCUUUCUACUCUCUCAGUCUUUCAUCUACAUUUCCAGAAGACUUGGAAGUCAACGAGUAUUGUACUGAACUGCUUCGCAUCUACGGCCAACGCUACGUGACUUUCGCGAACUGCCUCGUGACUUAUGCACGACCUGUCAGAGUCUGUCAGAACUGUUACACUGGCUUCAACAGUCUGGAGGACAUUUAUAAAAACAUAUCAUUUGACAAAUCUGCCCCUGGAAAUGUCAGUUGCCAUGACAGCCUGAUGCGUUCUGAUAGGUUGAUGCUGCUCUAUACCCUCUUCAUCAAAUUAGAUGAGAUCUGGACAUCAGCAGAAUGCAAGCAAUGUCUGAAUGAAGAUCAAGAUGCUCUUUCCAAUGAUACUCUUUACUUCAUGGCCACUCUGAAUCAGUCACUCUCCUGCUUUGAACAAUAUCAGAGGAACCACACUGAACUGUGUAAAGACUGCAAAACCUCAUACAAAAGGUUGAACGAGGUCUAUGGUAGAAUGGAGAAAAACCAAAUGCUCUGCAUUGAUUUAGAAGACGCAAUGAACAUGACACAGCACCUGUGGAGUAAAAACUUUAGAUGCUUGUUACCUCGGGAGGAGACGGUGCCUGUCAUCGCAGUGUCCAGCUUCAUGCUCUUCCUCCCCAUCAUCUUUUACUUAAGCAGCUUCCUGCACUCAGAACAAAAGAAGCGCAAGCUUAUACACCCCAAAAGAGUCAAGUCUAGCAGCAGCCUAAUGAAUAUCCAAGACAAAUUCAGCUGAGUGGAGAUGAGGCGAGGAGGGGAAGAGAGGGCACUGAAUCCUGCUAAACCAACAGGCACUUUCAGCAUGGAUGGAUCUGUAGGUGAAAGUCAUUACUCCUGACCUGACUGCCAAAUGUAGCAACCAGGCGAAUUUUAUGGCCACGUGUUCGAGGAACUGACGCAAAACCUGAAAUACCUUUUAAGAUGUAUGACCCGAGCCUUACUUUACCUGACAAGAACCUUAGAGAGGAUGAGGGGGACCUGGUGGGGGAUGUGAGAUUAUCCGUCAUCACGUUUUGCCUUGGUAAAAUCGGAGCAGUGACUUUGGACCUUGAGCAGUGAGCCCAUUAUGAAAUAUCCAUGAGCCUGAAACUCAGCAGGGACUGAUCCAACAAACCUUCAAAGUAGCUGCUGCAUUGUUUAAAUGUUGCCAUUAGGAUUUUGGAUGACUUGUCAUUAUAAAUCAUUUUUGUGUGUUAAUUAAUGAUUGCUUUGUGCUCUUUUGGAAAAACGUGCUUACUAACAAAAGUCUGAUUUUAUUUUCACAUUUUGUAAGGCUGUAAUUUUAUUAUGAAU